UUCUUUAGCGAGUAUGGCAACGUGGACUCACACCAAGGAGAAACGGUUUAAAUGUCCUGAUUGUGGGAAAUAUUUCUGUGAUAAUUCCAUCCUGGUGAUACAGCAGAGGAUUUACACAGGAGAAAAACCCUUUAAAUGUCCUGAUUGUGGUAAAAGUUUCAGUAACAAUUCCAGCCUGGUGAACCACCAAAGGACUCACACAGGAGAGAAACCCUUUAAAUGUCCUGACUGUGGGAAAGAUCUCAGUAUUAGGGUGAGCCUUUUAAAUCAUGUCCUUAUACACACAAGGGAGAAACCAUUUGAGUGCUCCGAAUGUGGACAGUGUUUCAAGAAACCUGACUGUGGGAAUACUUUCAGUAAGAAUUCCACCCUGCUUCAACACUACAGGAUUCAGACAGGAAUCAUUUGAAUCUCCUCUUUGUGGAAAAGUUUCAGUCAGAAUUCCCACCUCGUGGAACACCAGAGGACUCACACAGGAGAGAAACCCUUUAUAUGGCCUGACUGUGGUAAAUGUUUCAGGAAGAAUUCUAACCUGGUGAUACACCAGAGGACUCACAUAGGAAAGAAACUCUUUGAAUGACCUGUUCAUGGAAAAGUUUCAGAGAUCCCAGCUCAUGGUGCACCAGAGGACUCACACAGGAGAGAAACUGAAUGAGUGUCCCGUUUCUGGCAAAAGUUUCAGUUGGAAUUCCAACCUGGUGAUACACCACAGGAGAGAAACCAUAGAAGUGUCCAGACCGUGGGAAAAAUUUCAGUAUUAGGACUAGCCUUUUAAAUCAUAUGCUUAUACACACAGGGGAGAAACUAUUUGAGUGCCCUGAAUGUGGAUGGUGCUUCAGGAAACAUUCCAGCCUUAUUGCACACAAGAAAAUCCACAUGAUGCCCCAAGUGAUGAGUGUAGAGAAAGCUUGAAUUUCAUUUCUAAUAUCCCAUUGAAAGUCCAACUGAGAUUUGCCUAUUUUUUUGUAGGCAAAUAUGUAAUGGUAUUAGACGGGAAGGAGGAAGGAAAAAAUAGCAACAUACUAGUUUGAUAAUAGCCAUCUGGCCAUCAGCAGCAGAAGUUGCUGGAUAUGGGUAGUCCUCAGGUUACAAAUAUAAUGGAUCCUGCCCAUUCCAUCUGUUAACUCGAGAAUUCGUGGGAGUGAAUCUCUUACAUUGAAUGACAUCAAUUCCUGCUUUCGCUCUUCCAUUUGCUGCUUUCUUGCCUCAGUUUUCAGAUGUAAAGGCUGUUCUGCCAUGCAGGUGACCUUCAUGGAGAAGAGCUGUAGGAAUAUUGAGUUGAGGAGAAAAGGGAUUGUGGUUUUGUGCACAGGACCUCCAGGUUUAUUCGCAACUCCUGCUGUGAACUCCUUUGUUUUUUGGGGCCUCCUUAUUAGCCUUUGACAGCUGGUAGGUGAGAGCAGCACCAAGAUACUAAUACUUUUGUUGGGGGGGGGCUUGGUGGGUAGAUGGGGGGGGAAAUGUACAGUAAUGUUUCACUGCUAAAAGAGCAUUGCAUAAGCAUCUUUAGCAGCUUUUGAGAAAGACAAAUAAAGGAAAGUGUCAGCAUUUCUGUAAACACAUUGAAGACAUUUCCUGUUCUUUCAGUGCUUCUCUCUCAGGGCUUCUUAAUGUUUUAAUCCUUGAAAUAUAGGGAGGAACAUUAUUUGUGGCAGCAAAAGUGACAUUUUAGCUAUGCAGAUGAAUGGUCCUGAUUUUUCUGGGAUUGGAAGACACCAAAGAAUUCCAAGAUUUAUUUCCCCAACACCAUUCCCAAAGACAGGUUACAAUUUUUUUAGUAGGUCUCAUUACACCCAACAGCCAGGACCAGGCCAGGUGUGUGUGGAGAAUCCAAGAGGGUCUUCGCCUGAGUCUUAAGUCUGAUUUCAAAUUUAAUCAUAUGCAAAAUUUCUAAAAUUUAAAACAGUAAAAAUAUAUUUAAUCAAUUUUCC